UAUUUCGAUUAUAUAUAUUUUCUUCUUAAAGCAUCUUAUGUUAGGCUUUAAAAACUCAAAGCAUUUUUGUCAAUUUUUAUUUUUUAAGUGGGUCUAUAAUUUUUUGGAUAAGAAAAGUGAAGAAGAACGCAUCAUCUAUGAGAACCCAGACAAACAUGAAGGUUUUAUUUUGGCUCCGGAUUUGAAAUGGAAUGGGACAAAUUUGGAUGAACUUUAUUUGUUGGCUGUAGCACAUCGACGUGAUUUGCAUUCUAUUCGUGAUUUAACUCCAAAUGAAUUGCCUCUUUUGGAGAAUAUUCGUAAUGAAUGUGCUAAAACUAUUGAAGAAAAAUAUGGAUUAAAAAAGAGUCAAUUAAAAAUGUAUUUUCAUUAUCAGCCAACUUUCUAUCAUCUUCACGUUCAUAUAGUGCAUAUUAAAUAUGAAGCGCCAGGUUUAAGUUGUACUUCAGUGCUGUUGGAUACGGCAAUCGAAAAUUUGAAGAUUUAUUCUGAUUUUUAUGCAAAGGCUACAUUGCCAUUUUUCCGUAAAGAAGAUGAUCCACUCUAUAAAAAAUUUGUUGAAGCUGGACGGAUUUAG